UAUAAACAGAGGAAUGUAAGCUGCAAAGCCAGUCCAAGAAGAGAACCUACAGACUACACUGUAGGUUAAAACCACCUGAUCAAAAAGGCAAGGCUGCUAACUUUCCUGAGACCUACCUUGGUAGGCUGACCCCACAAGAGAACUGAAAAUUGCAGACUGAGAUGGACAGCAGUAAUUGCAAAGUUAAUGCUCCUCUCCUAAGUCAAAGAUACCGGAGGAUGGUCACAAAAGAUGGCCACAGCACACUUCAAAUGGAUGGUGCUCAAAGAGGUCUUGUUUAUCUUCGGGAUGCGUGGGGAAUCCUAAUGGACAUGCGUUGGCGUUGGAUGAUGCUGGUCUUUUCUGCUUCUUUUGUUGUCCACUGGCUUGUCUUUGCAGUAUUCUGGUAUGUUCUAGCUGAGAUGAAUGGUGAUCUGGAAAUAGAUCACGAUGCCCCACCUGAAAACCACACUAUCUGUGUGAAGUACAUCACCAGUUUCACAGCUGCAUUCUCCUUCUCCCUGGAGACGCAACUUACAAUUGGUUAUGGUACCAUGUUCCCCAGUGGUGACUGUCCAAGUGCAAUCGCCUUACUUGCCAUACAAAUGCUCCUAGGCCUCAUGCUAGAGGCUUUUAUCACAGGUGCCUUUGUGGCGAAGAUUGCACGGCCAAAAAAUAGAGCUUUCUCAAUUCGCUUCACUGACUUAGCAGUAGUAGCUCACAAAGAUGGCAAACCUAAUCUUAUCUUCCAAGUGGCCAACACCCGGCCCAGCCCUCUAACCAGUGUUCGGGUCUCAGCUGUGCUCUACCAGGAAAGAGAAAAUGGUGAACUCCACCAGACCAGUGUGGACUUCCACCUUGAUGGGAUCAAUUCUGAGGAAUGUCCAUUCUUCAUCUUCCCGCUAACCUACUACCAUACCAUCACACCAUCAAGUCCUCUAGCUACCCUGCUCCAGCAUGAGAAUCCUCCAAACUUUGAACUGGUUGUGUUCCUCUCAGCAAUGCAAGAAGGCACUGGAGAAAUCUGCCAAAGGAGGACAUCCUACCUACCCUCCGAGAUCAUGUUACAUCACCAUUUUGCAGCUCUGAUAACUCGAGGUUCCAAAGGUGAGUAUCAAGUCAAGAUGGAGAAUUUUGACAAGACUGUUCCUGAACACCCAACUCCUGUGGUCUCUAAGAGUCCACACAGGACUGACCUAGAUAUUCAUAUCAAUGGACAAAGCAUUGAUAAUUUUCAGAUCUCUGAAACAGGGCUGACAGAAUAAGACUCACGCACACCAUCCCACUUCUUAAUAUAUUAAAUAUAUCCAGCCAGUUAUGCAGCUAUUUUCCUUCACUGUAUCUCAUGUUUCCUUUUUCUCGAUGCUGAUUACAUCAUGUCUAUGCCCACAAAAAAAAAAAAAGGCUAAUUUAACUAUAUACAUCCCUGAAAACAAAAAGGUUUAUACUAUCAAGUUUAUAACAGUGGUAAUCUGCUCAAAUCAAGGCAACUCAAUCUUAUAGCAUGGUAUCAAUAACAAGGAUAAAAUGGUCAGUGAAGGCUAAUCCAGCUGAACUCUAAGGAAAUCAGCUCUCAUUUUCAUCUGUAAACUGAAGCAACAGACUAGUUUCAAACCUAGCUCCCUGGGUAGAAAGCUGAUUUCACAAUAUUUAGUGAACCUCCUUUUACAACUUUUAUUUUUUCAAGACAGCAAGCAUCAUUCCUUUGAUUCUUUAAGCUACAAAACUAGGAUAUUAUCUCCCCAAUUUUUAACAGCUAGGAGCAAAAAUAGAAAAGUAACAAUAUAGAUAACCACAAAAGCGUUUGAAUACAACACCCAACCACACAUACGUAUGUUCAUGUAUUUGUGCAAAAUAUUCUGAACAAGUAAGAAAAGCUCUGGCACAGACAAAACUUGCAGGGUGGUAUUUCUGGCAAAAUAUUGCAAAGCUGUAUGUUUCUACUAUCUUAAAUUCGUAUUUGCAUAAUACUCAAGUAGUGAACUGAAAGCUGAUCGCCUCCUCAUCUGAGCUGUCCCCCACACCCUGAGUAAAAGCAGUGUCUUUAGACUCAUGACAUAACUUCCUAAAUACACAUAUGUACUAAGUUUUUAUGGAUACAAAAGUUUAAUACAUAAGAUAUAACUCAACUGGGGAAAAAAAAAAUCUCCAAUAGACAAAGCAGAAAAUUAGGUAACAAAGUAUUUUCAAACCCAAAUUCCUGUUUCCAACAUCAAAUAGUUUUUUCUAUAAACACAAAACGAGUGUUUAUUCACCAGUAGGAGGCUGGACUAGAUGAUCUCUAUUAUUUCUUUCCAAGUCUAAUAUUCCAUGAAAAUUAUGCUUUCUCUGCCUGUUUUUAUUUUAUAUAUACUAAGAUGAAUGCUUUUUUUAAAUCCAGCUUAAUUAUUUAAAUAAUUUUCAUUUCAAUUAAAAAAUUGAGCUGUCCUCCAGCCAAAAAAAAA